AUGUCUCUCCCCACGCAUUUCACCCUCAACACGGGUGCCAAGAUCCCCGCUGUGGGAUUUGGCACAUGGCAAGCACCAAAUGAUGAGGUCGUGCAGGCGGUCAAGACAGCCCUCAAGACCGGCUACCGCCACAUAGACGCUGCAGCCAUCUACCGCAACGAGGCAGCCGUGGGAGAGGGCAUUCGACAGAGCGGCGUCCCUCGCUCCGACAUCUUUAUUACGGGGAAGCUCUGGAACACGAAACAUGACCCCAAAGAUGUCGAGGGCGCCCUCGACAAGACACUGAAGGAUCUGGGGACAGAUUACCUGGAUCUCUUCCUGAUACACUGGCCAGUUGCAUUCGAGUCCAGCGACAAAUGGUUCCCCAUCGACGAGCAAGGCGUGUUCAAGCUCGCAGAUAUCGACCCAGCCGCCACAUAUGCCGCGCUGGAGAAACUGCUAGACACUGGGAAAGUGCGCGCAAUAGGCGUCUGCAACUUCACGGUCAACAAGCUGAAGGACCUGAUCGCCAAGACAAAGGUUGUCCCCGCAGUGAACCAGAUCGAGGCCCACCCGUACCUGCAACAGCCCGAGCUCGUGGAGUUCUGCAAGUCAAAGAACAUCCUCAUCGAGGCAUACUCGCCGCUGGGUAACAACCAGACCGGCGAGCCCAAGGUGGUGGACGAUGCGGGAGUGAAAGAGCUGGCUAGCCAGCAGGGCCUCGAUGCCGCCCAGCUCGUCCUCUCGUGGGGCAUCCAGAGGGGCACUGUUGUCUUGAGCAAGAGCGUAACGCCCAGCCGGAUCGAGUCGAACCUCAAAGUGGUGAAGCUUCCCGAUGAGGUCUUCCAGAAGGUCACCGCGUUGGAGAGGCACAAGCGUUUCAAUGUGCAGUCGAGGUGGGGCUAUGACAUUUUCGAGGAGAUCGGGGAGAGCGAGGUCAAGAAGAUCGCCAGGGACGCGGGUCCGGAGAACUUGACCAAAUUCAACGUGUAG